AAUCCUGGUUUUAUAAUUAAGAUCUCUAGAUGGUAAGGCAAUAAUGAGGACAACAUUACAUAUUCCAGUAUUCUUUGUGCUUGUGCUUCAUAUCCAACAAACAGUUGCACAGGGGGUGCAGUGUUAUGCCAAUUUCAACUCAGCAGAUGGGACAUGUAGUAAUAUUUUGGGUCAAGUGUCAAUUGAUGACUGUUGUAUGAACCCUUCAUAUGGCUAUCAGGAAAACGGUGUUUGUAAGUCUUGCAGGCUUGCUUCAUGGAGCACAUGGUCCCACUGGGGUCCAUGCUCAGUGACUUGUACUGAAGGAGUGAGGCAGAGAAAACGUGCCUGCUAUGGCCUUGGCCAGUGCCAUGACCCAAAGUUUGUAGGACAAACACAAACUGAACCUUGUGAAGACAUCAGCUGCUGUCCAGAAAAUGGAAACUGGUCAGAGUGGGGUGCAUGGCAGCCAUGUGAAAAAGGAGUCAAAAGGAGGAAGAGGACCUGUUCUAACCCCCCUGCCAAGUGCGGUGGUCACUGCGAAGGUUCUGAUGAGGAAGUUGAAGAUUGUGACACAGGGAUUACCUGCCCAAGCUGGUCUGCAUGGGGUAGCUGGGGUGCAUGUGCAGGGACAUGUGCACCAGAAGAGGGGUCUCCACCUGAACAGCAGAGAUACAGGAUGUGUUUAAGCCCCCCACCAUCUACUGUAACACGUUGCAAUGACUGCCCAGGCUCAAACACAGACAUUCGACAAUGCACAGGAGUACCUUUUUGUGCAGUUAAUGGUAACUGGGGUGCAUGGUCAGCGGCCUCUGAUUGCUCGGUGACGUGUGGAGUGGGAAAACAGACACAGCAUCGUAGAUGUGAUAAUCCUCCACCCACAUAUGGUGGUCAGGACUGUCAAGGAGAAAAUACCAAAACACAGCUCUGCAUUACUCCAAAAAACUGCCCAGCUAAUGGUCAAUGGGCUGAGUGGUCUGAAUGGUCUCUUUGUGACCCACCAAGUACAAGACCAAUUACAUGCAGGAAUAAACAAGGACGGAGAAGAAGACUCAGAGACUGCGUAGGAAGGGAAUAUGAAGGAGCUUUAUGUAAAGGAGAUGGUGUAGAUUUUGAGCGCUGCUAUGAUAUUGAAGGCUGUAAAGCUGGGGAUGAUCAACAAAUACCAAAAGCUGAAUGGUCAGCAUGGACUAAAUGGAGCUACUGUAAGCCUGACUGUGGGGACAAUUCCGAACAGACAAGGAAGAGGGAGUGUAGACCCGACAUCUCAAAGUACACUGAGAAGAAUUAUGAGAUUUUAUCAGGAAAAGCAAAUAUUCAAUGCCCAGCCACAGAAAAAACAGAAGAAAGCAAACCCUGUCAAAAUGUUCCACCAUGCUAGACCAGAUUUGUGGUCAUCAGUUGCAAUGAAAUGAAGUGUUCAAAGGAGAUUUAUCUUUAAUGUUUUCUAGCUUUUCUUUCUGUGAUGCCUGUUUGUUUAAACUUUCUGAUUAUCAGUCUGCCAAUGUAUCCCAAAACCAACCUAUUACUAAAUACAUUGCCCUUCAGGGAGGUGUGGUCAUUUUACUGCCAUA